AGGGAACACGCGUACAAAGGAUCUCGGUUUCUCUCUCUCUCUCCUCUCUCUUUCUCUCACACGCAGCAGAAAUGGCAAGACGGUAAAAGGAGAGAGGAGGGAGGACCGUGUGAUGUUUAGAGAUCAGGCAGAGAGUGCAGUCUUGCUCUGGGAGCACAGGGCAGUGAAGCAACGGUUACUAGCUGAGUUGCUGUGGAGUUGGGUUGGGAGUGAGAGGAAGAAGAGCUGGUGUGGUCGUGAUCAGCGAGCGCCGGAGCGGAGCGGCGAUCGAUGGGCUGCUGCCAGUCGCGGCUGGAGCGGCUGGAGGCCGUGUCGCGGUGCAAGGCGCGGAGGCGGUACACGAAGCAGCUGGUGCAGGCGCGCCGGGACAUGGCGGCCGCGCACGCGCUCUACCUGCGCUCGCUCCGGGCCACGGGCGCCUCGCUGAUGCACUUCGCCAGCGCCGAGGCCGACCACCCGCACCCCCAUUCCUCCGCCCACCACCAGCCGCCGCCCUCACCGCCGCCGCCUCCCCCUCCCCCGCCGCCGCCGCCGCCUCCGCCUCUCAGCCCCACCCCGACCACAAGAUCCUGGACGACCAACUCCUCCUCGAUCUCCGCGUCCGCCAUCUUGCCCCCUCCGCCCCCGCCCCCAAUGCCGUCGAGCUGGGACUUCUGGGACCCCUUCGCGCCCUCCUCCUCCCGCUCCGCCACCGAGGACGCCGACUGGGACGACGCCGCCACCACCGUCGUCGACGCUCCCAACGCCGUGCCGCCAGUGGUCACGGUCGCCGCGGCGGUGGCCGCGCCCCCGUCCAUCGUCACCGCCACCACCACCUCCACCACUCCCAGUGAGCUCACCGUCGUCGCGGUGCCCCGCGGCGCCGCCGGGAAGAAGGACCUCGCCGAGAUCGCUACCGAGCUCGACGAGUACUUCCUCAAGGCGGCCGACGCCGGCGCCCGCGUCGCCGCGCUGCUCGAGGCCCCCAUCUGCGAGCCCCCCGAGACCACCAACCACAGCCUCCCAGGGAAGGUGCUGAGUUACAGCAAGAGCUUGAAGCCUACGGGAUGGUCCUGGGGCGGAGGUGGAGCAGGCUACGGGAAAGGUAACAAUGGGUUCACAAGGUUUGGGAGAGGAGACGGAGGGAUGUCCAUGGGCAAUAGCGGAGGCGGUGGGAUGCUCAGCCAUUCCUCCACCGUGGAGAAGCUCUACGCCUGGGAGAAGAAGCUGUUUCUUGAGGUCAAGAGUUACGAGGGGUAUAAGCAGGAGCAUGAUAAGAAGGUGAGUCUACUGAGGAAGCAGGAGGUGAAGGGUGUGGACUACUUGAAGAUGGAGAAGAACAGGAUGGAGAUUGAGAGCCUGGAGUCCAAGAUGCUUGUUGCCACCCAGUCCAUCGAGACCACCACUUCAGAGAUCAUCAGGGUCAGAGAAUCCGAGCUAUUUCCUCAGCUUCUUGAGCUGGUUGCUGGCUUGAUGAGCAUGUGGAGGGGCAUGUAUGAGUGUCAUCAGGUUCAGACCCACAUCGUGCAGCAGCUUGAGUACCUCAACAAUGCUUUGAGUACUAACCCCACUUCCAAUGUCCACCGGCAAGCAGCUCUCCAGCUCGAGAUAGAGGUCGACAGGUGGUAUUCAGCCUUCUGCAGUCUGGUGAAGUCCCAGAGAGAUUAUGUCUACUCACUGACUGGCUGGCUUCGCCUCUCGCUCUUCUGCCACAACGACCUGCUGACCAAAGCUCAUCAGAACUCUGAUAUUUACAGUUUGUGUGAGGAAUGGCAGCUAGCCAUUGAUCGAAUCCCUGAUAAGGUGGCCUCAGAAGGGAUCAAAACUCUCCUAACAGUGAUCCAUGCUGUUGUCAUUCAACAAGCUGAGGAACAUAAGCAAAAGAAGAGGUCGGAGUCUGCAUUCAAGGAAUUUGAGAAGAAGGCAGAGGAGCUGAGAUCCCUUGAGUCGAAAUAUGGGCCGUAUUUUGGUGCUGAAGCUUACGGAGAAAUGUCGCGAAAAUCACCAGUGGCUGACAAGCGGGCAAAGGUGGAGGCUCUGAGGAGCCACGCAGAUGAGGAGAAGAGCAAGUAUGAGAAGAGCAUUGGGGUCACAAGAGCAAUGACCUUGAAUAACCUGCAGACAGGCUUUCCAAAUGUGUUCCAGGCGAUGACGGGCUUCGCCAGCGUCUGCAUGGAGGCGUUUGAGUCGGUGUACAACUUCAAGAGAAGUUCAGACCGGAUCCUUGACAUGAAGAGGCUGCUGACCUGAGGCAGUAUUGUCUGAAGCUGGUUCUUGGUAGGUCACUGUAUAAAACGCAUACGGUUCUUGACUUCUAGUACAAUAGUAGGGUGGAAGAGAGUUUAACUUACAACCAUCUGGGGCUGUUAUCAGGUUCUAAUGGCACUAUAGUAGGCGCAAAAAUGCCUCGAGCUCAUUUACUUGCUGUGAAUGAACUUGAGGUCUUGUUCUUUCCUUUUUGGUAGGGUGAGGUGUUGGUCUUGUAGGAAUCGAAUUGUAGCAGGUUCAAAAGGCGCUGGUUUUUGAAUCAUAACGUUUCCCGAUUAUGUCAAGAGGUUUGGACUGUGACUGAUAACAGCAGCUUCUGUGUUAUCCAGACAUAGGCAUCGCGUUUGUGGCUCGCCCCAUUCCUUAUGGUUCCAGUUUAUGAUCAAAAUUCCCAU